CCAACCUUGUGAUCUGCCGCGCUGGUAACUGUCAUUAUAUUACUUUUGGAGAGUGCGUUGCACUAUUAAUAUCUCUCCCUCAGAGCCCCGCCGUCUAGGUUUCCCGUCUCCAACGGGCCGAGGAUAAUAUAUAGUGCAGACCUGUCUAGUGACGUACUGCGACACCAACCCCCACCGUCUCUGUCUGUGCGACCAGGGAAGCGCAACCUAGAGUAUCGGAACGAUAGCAGACAUGAACACAGUCGACAUAGGACGGUGCAGCAAACGCAUCGUACAGUAUCUCUGGGACCCAGAGCCCAGGAAUGAUGAAGAUCCUACUUCCUCGAUAUGGUGCCUAGGAAUAGAGUAUCACCCCGAGAAGGAUGUCAGCCCAAGGGGGGAGACACCCGACAAGAACAGCGCCCGAGAUAACGCGACGGGAACGACCAACUAUCGGAAACCAUCAGAACAUGCGUGGCCCGAGUCGUUCCUGUUGGAUUUUGAAUCAAGAAUCUGGAUGACGUAUAGGUCCAAUUUCCCCCCGAUACCCAGAGUCGAGGGAGACGACAAAAGUGCAUCGAUGACACUGGGGGUACGCCUAAGAAGCCAAUUAGUAGAUACGCAAGGAUUUACAUCCGAUACUGGCUGGGGCUGUAUGAUACGCUCCGGUCAGAGCCUGCUGGCAAAUGCACUAUCUACGUUGGUCCUAGGACGUGACUGGCGCCGUGGAGCGAGGUUCGAGGAAGAGUCACAGCUACUGUCUCUUUUCGCCGACACACCAACUGCACCCUUCUCUGUACAUCGGUUCGUCAAGCAUGGCGCCGAAUCGUGUGGGAAGUUCCCAGGGGAAUGGUUUGGGCCCUCCGCAACGGCCAAGUGCAUAGAAGCACUUUCGGCACAGUGUGGAAGUCCUACACUCAAGGUCUAUGUCUCUAAUGAUACAUCGGAAGUUUACCAGGACAGGUUCAUGAAUGUCGCCCGAAACUCUUCCGGUGUCUUUCAGCCUACCCUGAUACUGCUAGGAACAAGGCUCGGCAUCGACCAUAUCACUCCAGUCUAUUGGGAUGGCCUAAAAUCCACAUUGCAGUUCCCCCAAUCAGUCGGAAUUGCAGGGGGACGCCCGUCGGCGUCACACUACUUUGUUGGAGCCCAAGGGUCACAUCUAUUUUAUCUAGAUCCACAUUAUACCCGCCCUGCGCUUCCAGAUCGCCAAGGAGGCGAACUAUACUCAAAAGAGGAGGUUGAUACUUAUCAUACACGGCGCUUGAGAAGAAUUCACGUGCGUGACAUGGAUCCGAGCAUGCUUAUAGGCUUCCUCAUCCGAGACCAGGAAGAUUGGGACGACUGGUUAAACCGCAUACAAGCCGUCAAGGGACGGCCGAUAAUCCAUGUACUCAAGCAGAUGAAUCCUGACCACGAUCAGGAAGCAGAAGCACUUGACCAGGUUGAAGCGCUGGAUGAUAUCGAAUAGCUCUUGCUGUCAAUACAUUUAGAUGAAUUAACCUUAGUACCCAG